AUGUGCGUGAAACAGGGCGCCACCGCUUACGGCUCAACCCCGUCAACACCAAUCGUUGACAUUUCACCCGGAUGGAGAUUCUGGCGCCGGCGGAGGUACAUGGUGGCGGCCAUGGCCUUCCUUGGCUUCUUCAACGUGUACGCGCUGCGCGUCAACCUCAGCGUCGCCAUCGUGGCGAUGACCACGGCCACUACCACCACCCUGGCGAACGGCACCACCGUUGAGGUUCCGGCAGAGUUCGAUUGGGACUCGAAAACGCGUGGACUGAUUCUUAGCUCGUUCUUUUACGGCUACAUCGUCACCCAGGUGCCCGGCGGCUGGCUGGCCGCUCGGGUGGGCGGGAGCCGGGUGUACGGCGUGGGGCUCGCGGCCACGGCGCUGCUCACCGUGCUCACGCCACCCAUCGCCAGGGCGGGGACAGCCUGGAUAAUCGCCGUCAGGAUCGUGGAGGGGCUGUUUGAGGGUGUGACUUACCCCUGCAUACACGCCGUGUGGGCGCGCUGGGCGCCGCCGGCCGAACGCUCGCGCCUGGCCACCAUCGCCUUCUCGGGGAGCUACGCCGGCACCGUGGUGUCACUGCCUCUGAGCGGUGUCCUGGCUGCUCAGCUUGGCUGGCCUUCCAUCUUCUACAUCUUCGGUGUGGCUGCCUUGGUAUGGUACGGGUUUUGGCUGUACCUGGUGAAAGAGAACCCUGAGGAUGACCCAAGAAUAUCUCGUGAAGAGCUACUCUACAUCCAGAGUACUCUUGCAACAGUUCCAGACCCAAAGCUGACACAACAGCCCUGGGGCAAAUUUCUGACAUCCAUGCCAGUGUGGGCAAUUGUGGCAGCACAUUUCAGUGAGAACUGGGGCUUCUAUACACUGUUAACACAGCUGCCUACCUUCAUGAAAGAUGUGUUGCAAGUGGAAAUUGAACAAUCUGGGCUACUCUCUGCUCUUCCCUACAUCUGUAUGUCUGUUAUACUACAGGCAGCCGGCCACUUUGCAGACUGGCUGCGUGCUGGAAAAAUGUCAACUACAGCGGUGCGAAAGCUAUUUAACUGUGGUGCAUUUAUUAGCCAGACAAUAUUUAUGAUGAUAGCAGCCUACACAAUGUCUCCUUGGGCUAUAGUGCUGUGCAUAACCAUUGCAGUAGGACUCGGUGGCUUUGCAUGGUCAGCAUUCAGUGUAAAUCACCUCGACAUUGCUCCACAAUAUGCUAGUAUCCUGAUGGGCAUUUCAAACACUGUCGCAACUUUGCCAGGAAUGAUAAGCCCGCAUAUAACAGGUUAUAUAGUUCAAGACAAGACACCAUCCCAAUGGAGAAUAGUAUUUAUAAUAAGCAGCACUAUUUACUUAGUUGGAGCUAUAAUAUAUGGAACAUUUGCAUCAGGAGAAAGGCAGUCCUGGGCAGAAGACAAUGCCAGCAAUCCUUCAAAUAUUUCAAUUAAAACAAAAAACGAAGACCUAAAUGCUUACACCAAUGAGACCCUUGAUCUCAGUCUGAGUGAGUAGUACAGUUAGAAGAAUCUCUAGUCUAAGAAACAGUUUAAGUUGUACAUUAUUGACCCCAACUGGAAAGGAGUUUUUUUCUUUCAUCAAUACUUAAGCUUUAUGUAAAGUUCAGUGUCAAAAACCUAAAACCCCUAAAUCAAUAAAAUCAAAAUGCCUUCA